AUGGGUUCCCACCAGCAGAAGGGCGAAGGCCAAGGAAUUUCUGAGCAGUCCGGUGGAUGCCAUGGUGGAGGCGGUGGAGGAGGCUCAUGCCAUGGGGGUGGCGGAGGAGGAUCCUGCCACAGUAGUGGAGGUGGAGGAUCUAUAGGAUAUCAGAGCCAAGGAUCAUCCUGCCAUGGUGGAGGAAGCAGCAGCGGUGGAGGUGGAGGUGGUGGUGGUGGUGAGGAGGAGGAGGAGGAGGAGGAGGAACUUCAGGCCACCAGGGACAAGAACCCAUCUGCAUUAUUGGAGGAGGCGGUGGCAGCAGUGGUGGUGGAAGUGGUUCCAGCCACCAGAGCCAAGGACCCAUCUGCAUCGGUGGAGGUGGAGGAGGAGGUGGUGGCUCUGACCACCAGAGCCAAGGACCCAUCUGCAUCGGUGGAGGUGGAGGAGGAGGAGGGGGAGGUGGUUCCAGCCAUCAAGGCCAAGGACCCAUCUGCAUUGGUGGAGGUGGAGGAGGAGGAGGUGGAGGUGGUUCUGGACACCAGAGCCAAGGACCCAUCUGCAUUGGUGGAGGUGGAGGAGGAGGAGGGGGAGGUGGUUCUGGCCACCAGAGCCAAGGACCCAUCUGCAUUGGAGGAGGUGGAGGAGGAGGUAGUUCUAGCCAACAAAGCCAGGGUCCCAUCUGUAUUGGUGGAGGUGGAGGAGGAGGUGGAGGAAAAGGAGGUGGAGGUGGUUCUGGCCACCAAAGCCAAGGACCCAUCUGCAUUGGUGGAGGUGGAGGAGGAGGUGGAGGAAAAGGAGGUGGAGGUGGUUCUGGCCACCAAAGCCAAGGGCCCAUCUGCAUUGGUGGAGGUGGAGGAGGAGGAGGAGGAAAAGGAGGUGGAAGUGGUUCUGGUCACGAAAGCCAGGGACCCAUCUGCAUUGGUGGAGGUGGAGGAGGAGGAGGAGGAGGAGGAGGUGGUGGUGGUUCCAGCCACCAGAGCCAAGGACCCAUCUGCAUUGGUGGAGGUGGAGGUGGUGGAGGUGGUUCUGGCUACCAGGGCCAAGGACCCAUCUGCAUUGGUGGAGGUGGAGGAGGAGGAGGUGGAGGUGGUUCUGGCUAUCAGGGCCAAGGACCCAUCUGCAUUGGAGGUGGAGGUGGAGGAGGGGAUGGUUCUGGCCACCAGAGCCAAGGACCCAUCUGCAUUGGAGGUGGAGGAAGAGGAGGAGAAGGAGGAGGUGGUUUCGGCUACCAGGGCCAAGGACCCAUCUGCACUGGAGGAGGAGGUGGUGGAGGAGGUGGGGGUGGUUCUGGUCACCAGGGCCAAGGAUCCAUCUGCAUUAUUGGAGGAGGCUCUGGCGGAGGUGGUUCAUCUAGCUCUGGAGGACCGCUGCUCAGAGAUGUGUUCCCGACAGAGCUCCGGAGGCUGCCACGAGUCAUCGUCCCAGUCUGGGGGAUGCUGCAGUGGGGGCAGCUCAUCCAGCUACCAGGCACAGGGCUCCUCCUGCUGCGGGGGCUCCUCGGGAUACAGCAUGGGAGGAGGAUACGGCGGUGGCAGUGGAGGAUCGGGUGGCAAGAUCAUCAUUAGCUCAGGAGGAGGAGGAGGAGGAGGAUCCUCUGGAUGCUGUGGUGGGGGAUCCAGCAGUGGUGGAUCUUCAGGAGGCAAGAUCAUAAUUUCAGGAGGUGGAAGCAGUGGGGGAUCGUCUGGGUGCUGCAGUGGAGGAUCCUCAGGCUAUGGCAUGGGAGGAGGAUACAGUAGUGGUGGUUACUCGGGAUCCAAGAGCAUCAUUGGAGGAGGUGGAAGCAGUGAAGGAUCCUCUGGGUGCUGUGGUGGGGGAUCCAGCAGUAGUGGAUCUUCAGGAGGCAAGAUCAUAAUUUCAGGAGGUGGAAGCAGUGGUGGAUCGUCUGGGUGCUGCAGUGGAGGAUCCUCAGGCUAUGGCAUGGGAGGAGGAUACAGCAGUGGUGGUUACUCGGGAUCCAAGAGCAUCAUUGGAGGAGGAUCCAGCAGUGGAGGAUCCUCUGGAUACUGUGGUGGGGGAUCCAGCAUUGGUGGGUCUUCAGGAGGAACAAUCAUAAUUUCAGGAGGUGGGAGCAGUGGAGGAUCGUCUGGGUGCUGCAGUGGAGGAUCCUCAGGCUAUGGCAUGGGAGGAGGAUACAGCAGUGGUGGUUACUCAGGAUCCAAGAGCAUCAUUGGAGGUGGAAGCAGUGGUGGGUCGUCUGGAUGCUACGGUGGUGGCUCUUCUGGCUAUGGCUCUUCCAGCUACGGCAGUGGGGGAUCAGGCCGGAAGAUCAUCAUUAGCUCUGGAGGUGGAGGAGGAGGUUCGUCUGGAUGCUGUGGUGGAGGAUCCAGCAGUGGUGGAUCUUCCGGAGGCAAGAUUAUCAUUGAAGGAGGUGGAAGCAGUGGUGGAUCCUUUGGAUGCUGCACUGGGGGAUCCGGUGGAGGCAGUGGCGGUUCCUCGAGCGGCACCAUCAUCAUCAGCUCCGGAGGAAGCAGUGGUGGCUACGGCCAGUCCUCACAGCAGAAAUGCCCCAUUGUCAUUCCUCACAUCGAGAGGCACCAGACCAAGCAGGCCUGCUACUUCCCUGGCCAGCAGAAGUGA